UCCAUCGAUUAAAAAAAAACCACUCAAUUUGAAUACAUAGGAAGAGAGAUGCUGCCUCACUCCUGCUCAGCAGUGACGUUCGCUCGUCGACAUCUUUUACCCUUCUUCACCAGCUACCUCCUCCCCCGUCCCAGUCUUCCUGCUUUCACUCUCGUCCCAUCGUCCUACCGCCUCCCGCCGCCCAGCCUCUUCACGGAGAACUCUCUCUUCUCUGCCAUGGAGCGAUUGUAUAGUACUGAAAGCACCUUGAGUGGAAACAGGGGAAUGAUUAAUCGGUUGAAGAGUAUUGGUGUAAUCAAAUCAGAGGGCGUAGCAAAAGUAAUGCAAAGUAUUGAUAGGGCUUUGUUUGUGCCCAAGGAUACACCACCUUACUUUGAUAGCCCAAUGAGUAUAGGCUAUAAUGUCACUAUCUCAGCACCUCACAUGCAUGCAUUGUGUCUCGAAUUGUUGAAGGAUAGGUUGCAACCAGGCAUGCGUGCCUUAGAUGUUGGUUCAGGUACUGGAUAUCUCACAGCGUGUUUUGCUCAAAUGGUUGGACCACAAGGUCAGGCAGUAGGUGUGGAUCAUAUCCCGGAGUUGGUUACCUUGUCUAUAGAGAAUGUUCAGAAAAGUGCUGUUGCUCCAUUACUAAAAGAUGGAUCCCUCUCACUGCACAUUGGUGAUGGAAGGGAUGGUUGGCCAGAGCACACACCUUAUGAUGCUAUCCAUGUUGGAGCGGCAGCAACAGGUGACAUACCGAAAGCCCUCAUUGAUCAGCUGAAGCCAGGUGGGAGAUUGGUCAUUCCGGUGGGGGCGGUCUUCCAGGAGUUGAAGGUUGUGGACAAGAAUUCAGAUGGCACCAUUAACGACCAUAGUGUGACUGAUGUCAGGUAUGUUCCACUGACCAGUCGAGAAGCACAGUUAGGCGCCCAGUAAAGACGGGUUAUCAACUACUUCUAUGUAAUAAUUUAGGCCUGUCUCACUACGUGGUAGGACUUUGCCAGAUAAUCAGUUUUUUUUUUAUUGUUGCAGCUUUAGGAGUUAUUAUAUCAUCCGCAUUACAUAGCUUGUAUCAUGAAUUAUGUACUAAUCAUGUUAAUAUUGGAAUGUCAACGAAAGUAAGCGAAUCACUUUAUAAUUAGCAUGUUUUGUGUGUGUCGGACUUGACGUCUUGACACUCUAAAAUAUACAUCCAUACAUUUUUCUAUUGUGAUAUAUUCAUUUAUUUAAGGGGUGUUCUCAAUAUGAAACUUCACAUA